ACAACAGUCAGGAAACCAGCAACCCACAAAAAGUAUGCAGUGAACCCCAACACCUAAUGGAUGAACCAGGUGAUGUAUCAAACAACUUUAACAACAGCCAGGAAACCAGUGAACCCCAAGACCUAAUGGAAGAACCAGUGAAACAGGAAACUGGUGAUGAAACAGCUACUGAAGUUCACUCAUCAGGCCCAGAAAUGUCAACCCCACCAAAUAUGCCUGUGGCACAAGUGGCAGAGAAAAAAGAGGAGCAAGAACCUGUAGAUAGGAAAGAAAAAAGUAGAACAAGUACUUCCAGUGGAGAGCCUCAGCAAGAUUCUGUCACAACUAGCCAAGAAAUGCCACCCCCACCAAAUGUGCCAAUGUUACCGGAGGCAGAGAAAAGAGAAGAGCUAGAGACUGUAGAUCGAAAAGAAAACAAGCCCUCCAGAGAACAAGAUCAUCCUCCUGGUUAGAUGGAAAAUAUUGGAAAAAAGUUACUUCAAAAGAAAGAUUUCGAUUUUGUUU